AGACUGAUGAAAGUACUUCCCGACACAGCUUUAGUUCUGACAGCGAUGAUUCUGAUGUACCAGAAGAAUUGAAAAAAGAAUAUGUAGAAGAAAAUGCUGAUGAUUAUCAGAAAGUUUCAAAAACACACAAAAAACAUAACUUCACUACCAAGAAAAAGCAACCUCCUAUUUUGACAAAUACAACUUUGAAUGUUUUGAGAUUAUUUGGCAAAUAUAUGCAAAUGAUGCAUGUUUUGAAACCGAUUGCUUUUGACGUUCUUAAUUGUAUGUUUCAAUUAUUUGAUUAUUAUAUGUAUGCUGUGUUUUGCUUUUUUGCAAAAGAAAUGUGCGAUCUCAAUGAAAACAUUUUGAGCAAUAAAUUGAAAGCUUCCCUUAAACGUAUUAGAGAACAUUUGAUCUUGGAUGAAAGUGAAUUUGAAUCUGAUGAUUAUAGAAAAAAGGAUAAAGUUCCUCCGGCUACUUUAUCUCCAGUUGUUAAUUUAAAGAGUAAUGAGCAACUUUAUGGUUUGGCACAACGGAUAGCUGCAGCUGAAUCACUUGUGUUUUUAGCAGAACAAUUUGAAUUUCUUAAACAGUCACUAUCAACAAUAAUUCCAACUUCAAAACAAUCAUUUCUUCUUCAAUUUUGUUCCCAAUCUUUAUCGACAGCAGUGGAACUUCGCAGACCAGUUUACGUAAUUGUUUCUAGUAGAGCUGUUGAUUAUGAUAAAAUAUUAAAUCUUAUGGGAACUGUGAAAUGGGAUGUACAUGACAUAAUGUCUCAGCAUAGUUCUUAUGUUGAUAUAAUGCUCAGGGAAUUGCAAGUUUUUAGUAUGAAGCUAUCCGAAAUAUCCAAAAUUAUCCGAAUUCCAAAAGAAGCGUACGAUCUGCUAUGGGAACAGUGUAUUAAGUUAGCCAAUAGGACUUUUGUGGAAGGAUUUUCUCAAGCUAAAAAGUGUACAAAUGAAGGCAGAGCAUUAAUGCAGCUUGAUUAUCAACAAUUUUUGAGCAAAGUGGAGAAACUUACAGAUUUGAGACCAGUACCAGAACGAGAAAUUGUUGAAGGAUACGUAAAAGCUUACUAUUUAUCUGAGUCUGCAAUUGAAGAAUGGAUCCGAUCGCAUAGGGAAUAUACUAGCAAACAGUUAAUAGGAGUUGUAAAUUGUGUGACGCAGAUCAAUAAAAAAGGACGCCAAAAGCUCAUAAGCAUCAUCGAAGAGGAGAGAGUAAAAAGAUGAAGUCCAUCCGACGGUUUAUAAACAAAAUUGUCUGAUCGUCGAAUAACAUGACGUCCACACACAUUGUACAUUACUCAUUUCUGUAAUUUAUGAAUUAAUCUCCAGUCAUUCCAUGAUUUUAUAAAGUGCAAUUUAAUCAAAACAAUAAUAAUGAAAAAUUAUUAUAAAAUUGACAAAUAAUAAACUGAAAUACAAACUUAACAUUAUUUAUCAAUAUUUUUAGCAGUGUUUGUGGAUCUGGUUUUAUAAAAUCUGUGAUAUUUUGAAUUGAAAUAGAGAGUAAUUAAAGAAUAUAAUUUAUAUUUGGAUAUAUUAUUCAACAAACAUUUCUUUAUUUACCAUUUAGUAAAUAAAUCAUAUUACUGUUAUUUUCUUAGAUAUUUUAACAAUUCAUGUAUAUAUAGUGUAUAAUUGUUGGUUCUAUGCAUUGUAAUCAGUCAAAAAUAUAAAUAAAUUUC